AUGUCCGCCUCGAUCACCAUCUCGCCGUCCGACCCGCUCUACAAGGCCGGCCAGCUCGGCAACCAGGCUCGCCCUCUCGUCUUCGAGGGCCCGUCGUGCCCCAACGUCAAGUUCGCCGGCAUGAUGGUCGACACGAGGCUCGUCGGCCAGGGCAGGCGCGCCUGGGUCAAGUUCAAGACUGUCAGCGGCUACAAAAUGACGCUCGCCAUUCACAAGGUCGCGUUCGUCGAGAGGGCCGAGUACGACCGCAUCGCCGGCAUGGAGAGGGCUCUCCGCGCCCGUUUCGCCAACAAGCUCGAACAUGCCGGGUCGAACAAGUCCGAGGCCUGGCGCGACAUUGCUCGCACCGUCGUUCGCGAGGAGCACGCGGCGGGCCUCGAAAUCACCGACGUUGCCGUCAACCUCCCUGUCUGA